CGCUCGUUUCCUCUUUCACCUUUAGGAACAUCAUUAUACUCUGUAAAUAGUGGAAUUUCAUUAUUACACCGUUUUGGGUAUUUUUUUAAGACUCGUCUGCGUCUAAUCAAAAGCAAAAUCGUUUUGUAAAAAAUUUGACUUAUAUCGAAUCCAAAACAUUCAAGUUUUAUUUUUGUAGGAAAUGAGAUAAUAUUUGUCUUCUAUGUUGAUAUCUAUAAACACCCGCCGCAUUCCUUGUGUUUAAGAUAUUCUCCCCUCUUAUAAUUGCCACUACCUGAGACUUAGCAUCAAGCUGCUUUUUUUUUUUUUUUGAUCAGCUCAGCUAUGAGUGUUUUCAACGAGGACUACAUACAUCUCCUAACUCGGACACGAAAUCGUCUAAUGUACUAUUAAUAUCUAGAUCCGUUAUUUUUUCGCAUCGCCACACAAAUGUCCGGGACUCCGUCAACAAGAGAUCAGAGUAGUCUCACUGCUGCUGAUUGCACCCGGUUGCUUCCCGUUUAAUCAUGAAAUAUUUCUCUAACGACUACAUAUCGUCGUUCUGCUAUACUGCCGGAUAUAUAUAAAAAGAUCCUACCAUUCUGUAUGCAUUUGGCUCGUAUUUCAACUGGUAUUGUAGACGAUCUCUACAAUGCCACCGUUUGUUCAUUAAGGUAUGUAGUUUUCCAUAUCAAUAUAUAAAUGUUGUAUACGACCAAAUCACCGCAACAGUCGCAGAAUCUACUUUUAACUAUGCCUUUUAAAUACACCUUUUCUUCUCAAGGUUCAGAUCCUCCUCUUCUACUGUAUUAGGUAGGUAGGCAUUGGUUUUUCCCCCAAAUUAAAUUAUAGCUGUAGGUUAAUUCUCAUUAAUUAAUUUCACGUGUACAUUUACUCCAAAUAAAUAUUUUAGUUUCUCCGAAUUAUGCAAUUAACACGGAAGCGCAUUCCAAAACUGGUUGUGGGACCUGGUGACUCACAUGUUUUCUUCAGGCUGCUGGUGAAACCAAAGUUGUUUACAGCACCAAAGAAGUGGUUGAUUAUGGUUUGGAUUACCUCCCAGUGUACAAAGAAUUUGCUAACAUCUGCAAACCUGAAUUCAAGAAUCAGUUCAGCAAAGCUAUUGGUGGGGAACAAAAGUUUACAUAAUGAAAGUUCCAUCUGCAUAACAUCUUGAUGUAUCGGCAUCACAUCAUCUGAACAGACCUUUACUUUGACAGAUACUCUAUAACUUACAACAUGCUUCCGUUAGAUCAAAAAGGAAGUGCCAAACCUGGCAGCAACCAUAAACGUUUUGUCCCAUUACGAAGGCAAUACCGGAGAGUUCGCAUUCGUAUGGAUGGACGAUUACUACAUUGCCUUAUGGUAUCUUUGUUGUUAUUCAUAAUUGCUGUCAGUAUCUUCCAAGCAAGUGGAAUGAUUGGUGCCAUUACUGCACCCCCUGCUGAAGUCCUUAGUAGUUAUAAAACAUCCUCACUCUUAAUUCUAUAUUUGCUCCGUCUCAUGACACUGAUGCCUUUACCACUGACCCUUUUUAAUUUUGCUGGAAUUGUCUCAUUCAACACUUUUCCCAGAAAACCAAAACUACGAGGAUCUACUCUCUUUGGACCGUUUAUUUGUUUUCGAGUGGUUACAAAAGGUCUGUUCCCUAAAUUGGUUCGCAGUAAUGUUACCAAAAAUCUGGAAAUAUGCAGUCAGCUUGGUUUUGAUAAUUUUGUUUUUGAAGUUGUGACAGAUGAAGCAGUUCAACUCCCUAAACUACCUCGAGUUCGAGAACUUAUUGUUCCUAAUGAGUAUCGAAGCUCCAAAGGUACUUUGUACAAGGCUCGUGCUUUGAAUUAUUGCCUGGAAGAAGGAAUUAAUUAUCUUAAUGAUAAUGACUGGAUUGUCCAUCUGGAUGAAGAAACACUCUUGACAGAAUCCUCAUUAGUUGGCAUUAUCAACUUUAUUAAUGAAGGUAAACAUGAUUUUGGCCAAGGUGUAAUCACUUAUGCAGAUGGAGAAAUUGUCAAUUGGUUAACAACACUUUCUGAUGUUGUUCGAGUUGGAAUGGAUUAUGGAAUGUUGCGUUUUUGUCUCAAGUUUCUUCAUAAACCUGUCUUCAGCUGGAAAGGAUCUUUUAUUGUCUCAAAUGCAGGUGUUGAAAGAAAAAUAACUUAUGACUUUGGUCCAGAUGGAAGCAUUGCUGAAGACUGCUUUUUUGCUAUGUCAGCUUGGCGAGAUGGCCAUACUUUUGGAUUUGUUGAGGGAGAUAUGCAUGAAAAAAGUACUUUUUCUCUUGUAGACUAUAUAAAACAACGCAAGAGAUGGGUACAGGGUAUUUUACUUGUUCUCUUCAGUCGUAUGUUACCAUGGCGCUGCAAGAUGGGUCUCUCUGUGAUGAUUCUCUCUUGGCUUACUUUACCAUUUACUGUACCUAAUAUAAUUUUAGUUCUUCUUUUCCCUUUACCCAUGCCAACAAUAGUAAAUGCCCUUUGUGGUUUUAUUGGGGGUACUGUAGUAUUUCUAUUUAUUUUUGGAGCAAUAAAAUCUUUCUCUUUAAGAAAUAUGGGGCGCUGUCAAUAUAUUCUGUUAUGUCUUGCUCCUAUUUUGGUUGCUCCUCUCGCCAUGAUAAUGGAAAGUAUUAGUGUAAUCUGGGCCAUUUUUGGUCAUCAGAAUCAUGUCUUUGAUGUAGUUAAUAAAGAAAGUAACAGUACUUCAAAAGACUUGGAAUCUGCUGAUCCUGUAGAAACUGUUUAACAUUUAGACACAGAGUCAAGAACUAUUAACAAAAAAAAAUUUAAAGACACUAUAAUAAAUUAUGUAAAAAUUAAUAUACAAAUAUUUUCUAAUUUUUUUCUGUUAAAAAAAAAAAGAAUCCAAAAUUACCAUACAAUUAAAAUUGCAUGAAAUCAUAUAUUGGAUACCACCAUUUCAGCUACAUAAUGUCUUGUUUAUGAAUGUUUAUAGUUAACCAUCAAGUUUUUUAAUCAGCUUUACAUUUGUUUUUGUUUUGUUUUUAGUUAACUUAAUUUUAUGUUUUUUUAAUUUUAUUCUUCAGUUUAAUUGUCCUGCUCUCAAAUAUUCUGUCUUAAUUAAAUACUAGGUUUAAAAGAAUUCUAUCUCAUGUGAAUUUGACCGAUUCAUCCUGAAAUAAUGAUGCAAAAUGCUAUAUUUAGUUUGAUGUUCCUUAAAUGUUGCUGGUAAUGUCAUAAUCUUUCAACUGGAAAAAAAAAAAAAAUUAACCUAACUUUUUUAAUGUUUCAGCAGUCUUUGGUAAAAUUGAUAUCUGGAACUUGCCCUUUAUUUAAUUUUUUUAAUUACCUCUACAUGUUAUAUAUUUCUUAGAAUGGUUAGGUGAAACAUAUUAGAAUUCACACACAUUUGGGAUUUAGAUGAAAAUUUCAGUUUUUGUUAACUAUAUUUGAUUUUAAUUUGAUGGCAGUUUAAACUCAUAGUUUCAUUAUUUUUUUUUUUUUAGCUAAAUUUAAAUUUAGUAUUUAGCAAUAUGAAUAUUAGUUUUCUGGUAAUGAAUUUAUUUAAAUGUCAUUGAAAUUAUUGAAAUGUUUUCUGUUUAUGGUAUUAAUAUGGGCAGAGUACUUAAACUUACAUAAAAUUUUACAGUUCAUUUCUUCUCAUGCAUUUCAACCUCUGGUCUAACUUUUUGAUAAAAGUAUUUUAGGCUAUUUAUUUUAUAUGUAUUUUUUUUCCUAAGGAUGUUUAUUGCUUUUAGAAUCAGAUAUCAAAUUACUGUAUAGAUUUACUAAAAUAUUUGAGAUUAGCAUGGCAUUAGCAGCUAGGUAGUUAUUUUAAUUAGCUUUACAGUUUAGUUAUCAUAGGCAUAAAAUUUUACUUAAACAGAAAUAGAUUUUUUUUAUAUAAAAGUAUUUGAAUCCUUUCAUCACAACCUUUUAUAUUUUACUCAUUUCUUUUGGACUGAUAUUUAAAAUAAAUCAUAAAAAUAUUUGUUUAUUUCAAGGCUCUCAUAUUAGAAAAUAAAAUUUUAAAAGAACUACCUCAAAAUUUUUAUCAAAUAUUGAUCAGUCACAUUUGUCAAUUUUUCAAAAUACAAUUAAGCAGCAUAAUAUUCAAAAUAGAUACCAAAUCAUGUUAACUGAAUGAGCAACCCAUUUCAAGUUGCCAUUUCAGAAAACCUGUUUAUCUGUCACAAAACAUUUGGUAGAUUUAAUAUACUAAGAUUUUGAAAUAGACAUUGUUAAAGAAAAUAAUUUCUAAAAAUAACUUAGCAGUUUUUGAGCUGAUCAGAUUUUAUAUGGUAUGUGAAUUUAUCUGUUGUUAGCUGAUUGUUCAUUUUACAUGUUCGGAGUGUAGAUAUUUAAUAGUUUUCUGGCUUCUGCUAGGGCACUGAAUUGAAUGCAUUCCAAAAUGGAGUCUCGUGGUUCACAUCUCUUUUCAAUUCGUCCUUCCAGAUUUGAUAAAAUAUGUACUGGUUAUAUACUGGAGUCAAGCCACUACUACUAUUGUUGUCUUACAGAAAUUUCUACCAACAAAAUUUAUGUAGCCUAUCUUUUCAACAAUAUUUCCUGAAAUAUUUCUGCUUUAAGAUAAAGAGAAGAAAUUGAAAAAUAAACAAUAAAUGAUAGUUAAAUAAAACUCAAGAUGAAACAGUAAUAUUAAAUUUGGAUUGUUAAAUAGUAGACAAGAAUUGUAAAUUUUUAUAGUUAAUGACAGUCCAGGUUAAGAAGAUUACUAAUCUUACAGGAAAUAAACUUGGAUUGGAUUUCUGUUCAGUAUAUCAGUCUCUUAAUGCAUCUCUGAUUUUCAUGGGAUGAAGUGAAUAAGAUAAACCUUUAUAUGAAUACUCUGCAAGUCUGUUGUAAACUUUCCCUGCAUGUAGCACUGAAUUCAACACUGCACAUUGCUGUGGCACUCAUCAACAUUAUGUUGUGGCCAUCAUUUGCAGCUGUGAGUUAAUACCACCAUAUAGUAGUUACAGCUCCAUGGACUUGGCUUUUGAGGCUUAAGCGUCUUGACCACAAAUACAAAUGGAAGUGCCUGUGACAUGAUAUGAACAACUAAGUUCUCUAGUCAUUGUUACCCUAUAAAUGUGAUCAGUUGUACUUUGGAAAGAGCAUAAUUAAAUCAUUGAACUAUAAUACAAUGAUGUACUUUUAAAAAUAUACAAGUAUAUAUUGUUGGCAUUAGAAAGGAGUUCCAGCUGUAGAUACCAUACUAAAGUAGACAUAGGAGCUUGAGGCUGUCCUCUGACUUGCUGGCUCCUCUCAAACUGUCUAACCUAUACCAGCAUGGAAAACAUACAUAAAAUGAUAAUGACAGUCAGUGAUGUUGUUUGUGAUGGAAAGAUGCAGUCAUAAAGUAUGUAAUAGUUCUAUGGCUACAGCAUUUCAAAUUUUAAAUUACAAUGCUUCAUUUGGUCAAUUUAGAAGUUGUUGACGUCAUAUUUGUAUUAAUCAGGAAAUAAGGUACAUUUUUUUUUCAUAUAUUUUUCAGAAACAAUAAUACCCCUGUCUAUCCCCAUCUCUCCUCCCCUUGUUCUCUCUCUCUCUUAUGCACACGUAUUUUAUGGGAACUGUUACGUGUGAAGAUUGUUAUAGUGUCAUUCUUCAAUUUAAAAACAAAAUGUAUUAAUGAAAAACUUCAAAGAUUCUCAUUGAGAAAUUGUGAUUUCUUGAGGCCUUGAUUGUUACUAAUACAUUUCAUAAGAGACAGUGAAUAUAUAUUUAUCUUAUACCCACUGCCACAAAACCCUGCAAUAAACUCAUCUCAUUCACACACACACACAUGCUAUGAAGAUAGAAAAUCUGUGCAUGGAUAGUUGUUUUUUUAUUGUCAGAAAUUAAAUGGUUCGAUAAAAAAAUAAAAAAUUAGUCAAUAUUUUUACUAUUCAGUGAAUAAUUAGUUGUUUUGAAUAAUUGAAGGUAGCAAAAAAUAGAUUCCUUUUUAUUAUUUUAGUGGAUUAAUAUGUUAGAUAACAAUUAGGCAAAACAGAAUAUUGAUCUAGUUUUAGAUUAUAUCAUCAUUGUUAUAAUGAGUUAGAAAUCAUAAGAUUUUAGCACCAAUUCUAUUUGAAAGUAAUUACAUAUCGCCAAUCUCUGUCUCUUUAUCUUUGACAACCAGUAUUUAUAUCAUGAUAAUUGAACUUCAAAUAAAUUCAUGUCUACAGUUUUUGUGUUAAAAGUAUCACGUUUAUGUUGACAUCAGAUUAUUUGUUUAAUUUCCAAAUCUACUGUAUUUUAUUUCAACUUACCAUUUCGCAAGUAUAACUCCUCUUCCUCACCAUACACACACACACACACCGACCCACUCUUGUUAAAUUCAGUAAUUUAUUGGUUUCAUAAUUUCAUAUCCGCAUUUUGUAAAUUUCGCUUUAAUCACCUCACAAAAAAA